UCUUCCAAAAUUGCUGCUGGUGGGUGAAAAAAAUGCCGCAGCUGAACGGCGGUGGAGGAGAUGACCUAGGCGCCAACGACGAACUGAUUUCCUUCAAAGACGAGGGCGAGCAGGAGGAGAAGAGCUCCGAAAACUCCUCGGCAGAGAGGGAUUUAGCUGAUGUCAAAUCGUCUCUAGUCAAUGAAUCAGAAACAAAUCAAAACAGCUCCUCCGAUUCCGAGGCGGAAAGACGGCCUCCGCCUCGCUCCGAAAGUUUCCGAGAUAAAUCCCGGGAAAGUUUGGAAGAAGCGGCCAAGAGGCAAGAUGGAGGGCUCUUUAAGGGGCCACCGUAUCCCGGCUACCCCUUCAUCAUGAUCCCCGACCUGACGAGCCCCUACCUCCCCAACGGAUCGCUCUCGCCCACCGCCCGAACCCUCCAUUUUCAGUCCGGGAGCACACAUUACUCUGCGUACAAAACGAUUGAACACCAGAUUGCAAUUCAGUAUCUCCAGAUGAAAUGGCCACUGCUUGAUGUCCAGGCGGGGACCCUCCAGAGCAGACAAGCCCUCAAGGAUGCCCGCUCUCCGUCACCAGCACACAUUGUCUCGAACAAAGUGCCGGUCGUGCAGCACCCUCACCAUGUUCACCCCCUCACGCCGCUCAUCACGUACAGCAAUGAGCACUUCACCCCGGGAAACCCACCUCCACACUUGCCCGCUGACGUUGACCCCAAAACAGGAAUCCCACGGCCUCCGCACCCUCCAGAUAUAUCUCCAUAUUACCCGCUAUCGCCUGGCACCGUAGGACAAAUCCCCCAUCCGCUAGGAUGGUUAGUACCACAGCAGGGUCAGCCAGUGUACCCAAUCACGACAGGAGGAUUCCGUCACCCCUACCCCACAGCUCUGACUGUCAAUGCUUCCAUGUCCAGCUUCCUGUCUUCCAGGUUCCCUCCCCAUAUGGUCCCACCACAUCACACUCUACAUACGACCGGCAUCCCCCACCCGGCCAUAGUCACGCCAACAGUCAAACAGGAAUCCUCCCAGAGUGACGUCGGCUCACUCCACAGCUCAAAGCAUCAGGACUCCAAAAAGGAAGAAGAAAAGAAGAAGCCCCACAUAAAGAAACCUCUUAAUGCGUUCAUGUUGUAUAUGAAGGAAAUGAGGGCAAAGGUCGUGGCGGAGUGCACGUUGAAAGAAAGUGCGGCCAUCAACCAGAUCCUGGGGCGAAGGUGGCACGCACUGUCCAGAGAAGAGCAAGCAAAGUACUACGAGCUGGCCCGGAAGGAGCGACAGCUUCACAUGCAGCUGUACCCCGGCUGGUCUGCGCGGGACAACUAUGGGAAGAAGAAGAAGAGGAAAAGGGACAAGCAGCCUGGAGAGACCAAUGAACACAGCGAAUGUUUCCUAAAUCCUUGCCUUUCACUUCCUCCGAUUACAGACCUGAGCGCUCCUAAGAAAUGCCGAGCGCGCUUUGGCCUUGAUCAACAGAAUAACUGGUGCGGCCCUUGCAGGAGAAAAAAAAAGUGCGUUCGCUACAUACAAGGUGAAGGCAGCUGCCUCAGUCCACCCUCUUCAGAUGGAAGCUUACUAGACUCGCCUCCUCCCUCCCCCAACCUGCUAGGCUCCCCUCCCCAAGACGCCAAGUCACAGACUGAGCAGACCCAGCCUCUCUCGCUGUCCCUGAAGCCCGACCCCCUGGCGCACCUGUCCAUGAUGCCUCCGCCGCCCGCCCUCCUGCUUGCCGAGGCCGCCCACGGCAAGGCCCCCGCCCUCUGUCCCAACGGGGCCCUGGACCUGCCUCCUGCCGCCCUGCAGCCGCCCAUCCUGUCCUCCUCUCUUGCACAGCCGUCAACAUCUUCCUUACAUUCCCACAACUCUCUGGCCGGGACCCAGCCCCAGCCGCUGUCCCUCGUGACCAAGUCGUUAGAAUAGCUUUAGCUUCGUUAGCCCUGCCCUGGUCGGUUUGCGUAGUGUUGC